AUGAUAACGACAUGGACGUGGCUCUCCACCAAGCCCAACGGCGUCUUGGCGGCUUUGGUGGCGCUUCAGCCGCCGGACGGAGAUGCAGAGAAGACCCCGACGUCGUCUGAGAUCCCGGUCGCCAUCCGUUGCGUCGUGUUGAUCAUGGAGCUGGCGUUGGUCAGUGGUGGCGCGUUCCUGCUGCUACUGAGCAGCUCCGUCUUUGGAGUGCUUAUACGCAGCCUCAUUGGCGGCGAUGUUGCCGCCCACCUGUGCGAGUCUGCAACGUUCUGUUGGGGUCUAGUAGCGUUUAUGAGCUGGUUCUUUCAACAGCCGAAACGGGAGCUUGCACGAAGACUCGAGGGGUUCAGUUGGAGCAGCGGGAAGACUUGCUUGGCUUCAAUAUUGCUGCACUCUGUGGCCGUGAUGGUUUUAACGUCGUGGGCAGAAAACCAGGAGCUGGUGUCGUGGAGUAAUGUCGAGACGGCGGUGCGUCGGUCGGACGGAUCCGUCGCCACAGUGGAGACAAUACAGAAUCUUCUACUCGCACCGAUCAAGGAAGAGCUCUUCUUUCGAGGAGUGAUCAUGCUGGUGUGUAUCAAUCGACUGCAGAGUCUCAAUCGCAGUGCGUGGAUCUCCAGCUUCUUGUUCGCUGCCAUUCACCUGGUCAACGCACGGCAUGUCGGGACGCAGUAUUCCGUGAGUUACGUGAUGGUCCAAGUGGUUUGGGCGUGGCUAGUAGGACUCUUCCUGGCGCUCAAACUUGCCGUCUCGGGGUCACUGACUCAGUGUCUAGCGCUUCAUGUGAUCAACAACAUUUUUGCAUUAUCAGUGUCCAAGACAAACGCGAUGGACAUGACCCAACCAGCAACGACCUGUUCUGUGAUCGCAUCGUUGGCAAUCUACGUCAUAGCAAUUGCCAGACAACUGCAGCUUCUUAGCAACAACCAGGCAGGUCGGAAGGACAAAUGA